AUGGAGGCCCCAAGCACCCUCAACAACUACCUCUCCUUAGUUGAUGACUUCUUCCGCAAGACGUUCCGCGACGAUAUGUGCCUCUUCGUGGCCCUGAAAUCGCGGCAGUACUCGGAGUCUAUCCUUGGCGUGAAUAUGUUCGCAAAGAAUGCGGCCGCCGUGUCUGCCGAUGCGCCGCCCGCCGCGGCGAUGGAGUCUGCGAGCAAGCUAGCAGCCGCGGACGUCCUCUCUGCGACCGACAAACCUACAACGUACGUCAGCAAUUUUCUCUCUAUCUCACCCCGAAUGGCGCUUCACCGCGACGGCAAGGCGGAUGGCAAGAUGAAGGUAGCCUACGAGUUUUCUGUGCCGCGCGUGUGCCGACUGCAGCAGGCGCUCACUCUGAAUAGCCGCGGCGCCGUCACCGUGGUGGGCAGCGUGAAGGAACUUAUGGAAGGCCUCACCGCCGGUGUGCGGGCGUCGGUGAAUACCCUCAUGCCGGCCUCCGAGGACGUGACGGUCGGCCACGUGCACUACCAACGCGGCGACAAGUACUCGUCUCUCCGCUAUCAGCGGAAUGGCCUGGGAAGUAGCAACCUUCUGUUGGACUGCGGCAUCACCUUCUUCAACCUCCUCCUCGGUGCGGGAUUCGAGCGGCGGCAGCUCUCUUUCCUGGAGCAGAAAGAGGGUUCUGGGCAGCUGGACGUCAUGUAUGUCGGCGCCGGCUUCACGGGCGUGAACUGGUCCAUUGCCACUAAAAUAGUACGCUUGAACGACGCCUGGUCCAACGCGCGCCUGGCGGUGCUGCAACGCCUGUCUUCGACCACCGCUGUGGCUUGCCAGUACAACUUUGACCUUAUCGAUACCGUCGCCAAGGUGUCGCUCGGCUUCACCCAAGGGAUCCAGCUGCGUGUACCCAUGCUUAUCCACACCAAGAGCAACGCUCCGGUAUCAGCGAGCGCCUCUAGGGCCGCGCCUUCGUCGCCAUCCGCCCUGCAAGUAGACGGGCCGUCGGUGGCGAUGAUUCCUGCGUGGAGUACUCCUCUCCCCCUGCUACUAGCAGCCAAGGCCGAGAGUGAUGGCAACUGCUCAGCGACGCUGCGCGGGCUCUUUAACAACUCCAUCCGCUGGGGCAUAGUGAUGCACACGAACCUAUUAGAUGACAAGCCCGUGCUCAAGUACGGCCUCACCCUCUCGAUGGAGUACGAAUCGUAG